AUGGAACAGAUCUUUGAAAAGUAUGAUCCAACAGUUCCUCCAAACUUUAUGGAAGAAAUCCCAGUGGAAAGCUCCAUACAGUUGUAUAUCUUAAGCAUUGAUACAAUCAACGAUUCAUCGAUGGACUUCUCAGUUAGUAUGUUUAUCCGUCAACGAUGGACCGACAUUCGUCUAAAAUAUAAUAACACUAUUGGUGUCUCACGUUUAGAGCUAGAUACUAAAGUAAUGAAGAACGUCUGGGUACCAGAUAUGUUUAUCACCAAUGAAAAGAAAGCAGAUAUUCAUCACGUCACAGUUCCUAACAUGCUGAUGCAUAUUUAUCCAAAUGGAAAUAUCCUUUACAGUAUGAGAGUAACCGGGACAUUUUCUUGUGAGAUGAAUCUGCAGAAAUAUCCAUUAGAUAAACAGAUCUGUUCAUUGGGAUUAGAAAGUUACGCGUAUACUACUGACAACCUCGUAUAUAGAUGGAACGACGACCCCAUAGUGUACGACAAACAUAUGUCGCUACCUCAGUUUCAGUUAGAUGGAAUAACUACGUACAGCUGUGACAAAGGUUAUCACGGAAUCAAACAUAAAUAUACGUGUCUGAAAAUGGACAUAGCACUCACGAGAAAUUUUGGGUACCAUUUGACCCAAAUAUACAUACCUAGUUUUCUUAUAGUCAUUCUAUCAUGGGUGUCGUUUUGGAUUAAUGUUGAUGCCACACCUGCUCGUAUAUCUAUUGGAAUAUUAACAGUCCUUACCAUAGCAACACAGAGUUCCGGGGCGCGUGAAUCAUUACCAAAAGUGUCUUAUGUGAAAGCUAUUGACAUUUGGAUGGCUGUCUGUCUACUGUUUGUAUUUGGAGCACUGAUAGAGUUUGCCUUUGUAAAUGUCCUUUCAAGAGUUGAACGACGCAGAAAGUCGUCAAGGUCAAAACAGUCUAAUGAACCCAAUCUACAUUCAAAUGAUAAAACUAUAAAUCGAGACAAGAUGGCAGAUUUUAUCCUAUUUGUAAAAAGGAGUCUAACAAACAGAGAAAAAGCCAGAAUUGUUGAUAAACUUUCUAGAGUUAUCUUUCCUUUUGUAUUUCUAACAUUUAAUUUUUUUUAUUGGUCUGUGUACGCAUUAUGGGAGCCAGAAUUGCGUUAGGGAGAUAAAUGACACGAGUUUCCUUUAUGAAAACUAUAAUAAUGAUAAGAUGACUUGAUAUAUAUUAGAAGUUUCGCAUGAAGGUUAAAUGUAGCUGUAAUCUGUUUAGUGACUUAUUCAAAGAAAACACAUAUCUAGCUUCCUUACUUCUUACUUCCCUUUCUAUUUACUUAACUAUACCAUUGUUUUACUUUUCAUGAUCUACCAUUUACAUGUAACUUAUAUUUAGAUGUCUGCAUUUCAUUUGUGAUCUUAAAAAAUGUGAUUUUACUACAUGUGCCGUUUCAACGUCUAUUUCACGAUUUAAUAUUUAUAAUUUAACUAUCAUGUGUUGCAUGCUAAUGAAGUCGUGACACUACUUUUAGAGUCGAUUUCUGGUAAGGCGCUAAUAUAUCUGUUCAAGAAUCUACAAUUUGGGGGACAUUCUCCUACCUUGAUGUAAUCAAAUUCAAAUAAAAAAACUUUGUACUUGUAGUUCAAAGUUUUGAAAAUUUAUAAGACGAAUGAAUCAUCUAAGGAGAAUGGAAAUGUUUUAUUUUUGAGUGUUUGUUGAUGGAUCGCGUCUAGGUUUAGGCAUCCGACACGUUAAUGAUUACGAUAUCUUUCGGAGAGUUUGUUCAUUCAAAAGAUUUGAGACAUGCCAUAUAACCAAAUAUAAGUCAGUUAAUGGCUACAAUAAGAAUUUUAUUUUAGCUCACCUGACCCAAAGGGUUAUGUGGGUUAUUCAAAGGGCGCCAGUCGUUGUCCGUCAAUUGUCGUCGUCGUUGUCCGUCCGUCUCAUAAUGUUUUUCAUAAUUCUGAAACUACUGAAAUGCUACCAAACUUACCUGAAUGUUCUAGUUUAAAAACUGUACAUCAAAAAACAUGUUAAAAGUAGAACAUAAGAUGUUAGAAUUCAGUUUUUGGCUUAUAUUUCAAAAAUGAAAGCAGCUAGAUGGGUUUUAAAUGCUUAAUCCGUAGUUGUCUGCGUUAUGGUUUGUUAAUAUUUCAUAUCUUUAUGGACAUGGCAAUGUAUAUUUAUACUGGAAUUAUUAUCAUUGUUGAUUUUGGCAUCUUCUGUCUUUUUUUUACGUCUCCGAAAAUAGAAUUUCUUAAAAGUUAAAAUUGGAGAAACACAAAGAUGAUUCUCAAUUAUUUGUCUUUUUGUUAAUUUGUGUUUUGAGUCUAUAGUUAUAUGAAUUAAACUGUAUUUAUUUAA